UAACUCCGUCGUCUCACGAUCACUCAUAAAGCUCGCCUUCGGACGUCCAAGCAAUACAGAAGUCCGUGAAACAUUCGGUGGCGCACUUUUGCAAAUUCUCUUUCGUUCGCUUCGCGUUUAUCCCGCGAAACACAGCCCGUUCGCGCGCGAGCAUCAGCCACGUUCGAGCAAUUCUUCCGUUUCACCGUCUCGUUCCUCUAGAGCCUUGGAAAUCUAUGUCGAACAGGGUCGAGGAAACCGCGUAGAGUUACAGAGUGAUCGUCGACGAGAUACCCCAAACGAAAUCGGAUAAUUCGGAGAAAUUGACGUCGAUUCGAAUCCUGGCCGUUUCGUUUUUCUGUAAAAAUGAGAACAUUCGCCAGAGCAUGGACGAUUCUUUUAGUGAUGAAGCUGUCGUACGCCGGGAAAUCGGUGGACGUGUUGACGUCCAGCAGCCUCAACACCCUGGAAGAAGAGGAGAUCCUCCGAGUGCUGUCGCGCAACGAGAGCACAUCGGCCAAUAAUUUCACGCUGGUCGAGGUAAUUGACAACUGGAGGAACCGCACGACCGAGACAGAGGCCACAUGGCGGGCGAAGGAGUUGGAUGUCCGCGCUAAUCCCUUUUACAACGAUUUUCCCGAAGAAAUUGAUCGAGAGGCAAGGAGAUUGUUACAAGUUCUUCCAGCUUUCGACCCCAGUGUUGGACGAGUAAGUGGAGAAUGCAAAAGGCACGCUGACAUUUUUCAUCGGGAGCUCGCCAAAUUCACUUUGUGGGCUCUCAAAAUGUACGACGCAACGGCGAAAAUACCGUCUGGCCUGUUAAACGGAAAUAUAAAUCAGUUUGGCGACUUCGACGAGUGCGUUGGAAUCGAAGGAAGCGACGGAAUUCAAGGGCAAUAUUGCUUGGCGUACCUUCAGCUGGCCGUCGACGAGUCUCGUCUAGAUCUGAAGCAUCUUCAUCGGUUGGUGCAUUCCCAUUAUGCUUUCAGAAGCAACAUCACCGAUCCUGGCCAUCGAGUACCUCGAUUUAAUAUCGUAAAUUGGGCAGUCUGUACUCCAGCAUCGUGCAGUUUCAAAGAUGUCGAGACGUCUAUUCGCGAGAUCCUUACUAGAUACACCUCGCAAACUGGCGUAAAAGUUACGGUGAAGGUGAACAAAGAAAUGUGUCAAGUAAAAACGAAAGAACCUGUACCGAACGAAACUAUAUUUGUUAGCUUAAUCUUCGUAGCUAUAUCUGUCUUAACAAUUGUAGCAGCUCUUUACGAUCAUUACAAAAUACCAGCAAGCGAAUUACUUCUAUCGUUUUCUUUGAAACGUAACUUUAAGAAGCUUAUAUCGUUAGAACGAAGGCAAAAUGACAUAGCUACACUUCAUGGUGUACGAGCUAUAAAUGCUCUAAUGCUGCUUUUAGCUCAUAAAAGCAUGGCUCUAUUUUUUAAUCCUUACGCAAACAGAACGGAAAUGAGCGAAUAUCUUGGUAAACCAUGGACGGUCAUAGGAAGAGCUGCCAGCCUUUACACAGACCCAUUUAUAAUGCUUUCUGGUCUUUUAACGUCAUAUUCUUUUAUUGGGAAACUAAAAAGAACUGGCAAUUUGGACAUAAAAGAUGAAUACAUAUCUCGUCUAAUCAGAAUAGUGCCACCUUUAGCAACCUUGAUAUUGUUAUGCACAUACGUAAUACCUUAUAUUGGUUCUGGACCACAAUGGAAUUUGGUGAUAACCGAGCAUGCAAAUAUUUGCAAGAGAACAUGGUGGAGAAACUUUCUAUUUAUUCAUAAUUACUUUGGAUUCGAAUCUAUGUGUCUUACUCAUACUCAUCAUCUAGGCAUAGACACGCAACUAUUCAUUCUUUCACCUUUAAUGGUGCUUCUCCUUUAUAAAAGGCCAAAGAUUGGGACUAUUGUUCUUACUAUGUGUGCUUUAUUUUCAACAGCACUUCGAUAUUUUGUAACGUAUUACAGAGAAUUAAGCAAUUACGUCUUCUUUGGUACCUCGAUAAAACAACUAUUCGAUACUGCAGAUUUUUCAUAUACUUUGCCAUCGCAUAGACUGACAGUUUACACAAUAGGAAUUUUUAUGGGCUAUCUGUUAAGAUAUUUGCCAAGAGAUUACAAGAUGAAUAAAAUAGUUCUUUACACAGGUUGGAUCUUAUGCACAUUCAUGUGCUGUUGUGCAUUCUUUGGACCUGCACGUAUGGGAUCCAUAAAUUAUAUAUAUAACCCAAUAGAUGCUGCAAUGUAUAAUGCAUUUGCUCCCAUUGGCUGGUGUAGCAUAUUUGCAUGGGCAACUGUGACAUACCAUACUGGGAAUACAAGUGAUUGGUUCAGUAGACUUUUAGCGUGGAAGGGAUUUCUGAUUACUACAAGGCUCAGUUAUGCGAUAUAUUUAACACAGUUUCCAAUAUACUUUUACAAUGUUGGAAGAACUCGAAGUGCUGGACAUUUUGCAUUCUUCAGCAUGCAAUUUGACCUAAAUGAAUUUUUAUGGAUUUUUAUUUUAUCAAUAGUUCUCACUUUAUUAGUUGAUACGCCAUUUCAAAAUAUUAAAAGUUAUUUAAUGAAAAAAUCUUCAUUAUCAGAAACAACGACAAAAUCGUUGAAACAAGAGUAACUUUUUCACCAAAUAAUUGCAAUUUAAUCAAAACUAUUGUAAAUAGUACCUAUGAUCUUUAUUUCAUUUUUAGUAAGAUGAAAUCCUAUAGCUUGCCUCGUAUACAAUGUAUAUGAUAGCUAAGAACAAUCAUAAUUUAUAUAAAUAUUCUUAUAUUUGAUUUAUAUAAGUACUUGUAAAUAAUAUGUAUUUUUGUAGUUUUAGUAGUACAUUUUUCAAAUCUUUGUAAAUGAUAAAUAUUAUGUUACGCGGACUAAUGUCUAACUGGUUAUUUUAAUGUAGUGUUAUUUAUUUAAAAGCGGUUUUUUUUAAUUGUACUUACUUCAUUACAAAAGAAUAUUUAAGAACAAUCAUAGCAACAAAAAAUUUACUGCGUUUAUUUCUGAAUAUAUUUCUUAAACUUAAACAUUGCUAGAUAUAAAUUUGAACUAAUUUCUCGUAGAUUUUGCCAAAAAACAUUCGAUAAUAAUUACUUGUUUUUAUCUCUACAUUUCCUUUAUACAUAUAUACAAACUACAUAUGUAUAUAAAUGUAUAGUUUUUAUAUCCUAAAUUUAUAGAUUAGUACUUUGAAUGAACUGCACAUUGGUGAAAAUUGUAAAUGACGUAAUAAAGUUUUAUUAACAAAUUA